ACCCACAGAAUUUGUGUUAUAUUUAUUUGAUUACAUCGUUUGCUUUUUGAAGUAACUUAAUUAGAUUUUUUCCUAUAUAUAUUUUCAUUCCAGUCCUUUGAUUCUUAUACAGUAGCGUUGUUAAUUUAAUAAAAAUAUGUCGUAUAUUAGUAGUAAAAUUUUAAAAGAAAGUUUGCACUAAUCAUCAGUAUGUAAGCUCCACGCAAUAUGUAUAUAUCACAUUUAAUUUGUUUAUAAUGUAUUGAUUGUUGUGUUAAAUAAUAAAAUUGUUAAGGAUGAAGAAAGAACGCACGGGUGAUAAUUGUCGUCCAUUCAAAUUAGCUCACCAAAUUUUGAGUCUGACUGGAAUUAGUUUUGAGAGGAGAAGUAUUAUUGGUUUUGUGGAAUUAACUAUAGUCCCAUUAAAAGACAAUUUGAGGUACAUCCGCCUUAAUGCUAAACAGUGUCGCAUAUACCGCGUCUGUUUGAAUGAUCAGUAUGAUGCUAAUUUCCAGUAUUUUGACCCAUUCUUGGAUAUUUGUCAAGCAGAUCCUAAUACGAGGUCCUUGGAGAUUUUCUCUCAGUACCAUUUGGCUGCAGCACAAAAGAUAGACCCAGACCAUAACUCGGGUGAACUGCAUGUACAAAUCCCAGAAGAUGCCGCUCACUUGAUAGGAGAGGGGAGAGGCCUUAGGAUCGGAAUUGAAUUUUCUUUGGAAUCACCCCAGGGUGGCCUGCAUUUUGUUGUACCUGAGGGAGAAGGAAGUUUAGUGGAGAAAUCUGCACAUAUGUUUACCUAUGGCCACUCUGCUCGUCUAUGGUUUCCAUGUGUAGACAGUUAUGCAGAGCCCUGCACUUGGAAAUUGGAGUUCACAGUAGAUGAAAGUUUAACAGCUGUGUCUUGUGGAGAAUUGGUUGAUGUGGUAUUCACCCCUGACCAUAGACGGAAAACUUUUCACUAUGUUGUUAACACACCGGCUUGUGCCCCUAAUAUAGCAUUAGCCAUUGGACCAUUUGAAGCUUAUGUAGACCCAUUUAUGAAUGAAUUUACACAUUACUGCUUGCCAAAUUUAAUGCAGAUAUUGAAAAACACAGUUAGAACUUUACAUGAGGCUGUUGGGUUCUAUGAAGAGACACUGUCUACUAGAUAUCCAUAUCCAUGCUAUAAGCAAGUAUUUGUGGACGAAACAGAAGAUGAUGCAACUGCAUACACAACUAUGUCUAUAAUGAGCACACAUCUGCUGCAUUCUAUAGCUAUCAUUGACCAGGGCUACAUAAGCAGGAAGGCCAUGGCACAAGCAGUAGCUGAACAAUUUUUCGGGUGUUUCAUCACUAUGCAGAAUUGGUCUGAUCUGUGGCUGGCAAAGGGAAUACCUGACUACUUGUGUGCCUUGUAUGCGAAAAAGUGUUUUGGGAAUAAUGAGUAUAGAUAUUGGAUACAUCAAGAGCUGCAAGAGGUAGUAAGUUAUGAGGAACAAUAUGGCGGAAUAGUUCUAGAUCCAUGGCAGCCCCCUGCUACAGGUGCGCGUGCAGACACAAAAGAAUUCUAUUUUCCUGUACGCAAUGUGCACACCAUGUCGCCAAGAUAUAUGGAGGUUAUGCGUAAAAAGUCACAUUUAGUUCUCCGGAUGUUGGAGCAGCGUAUCGGUCAAGAGCUGCUUCUACAAGUCUUUAAUAAACAGCUGUCGUUAGCUACGCAAGCGGCUAAUACGAAGAUCGGCAGCCGCCUUUGGGGACAGUUGCUGUUGUCCACCAACUCAUUUGUAAAAGCCAUAUUCACAGUGACAGGGAAGGAUAUGGCUGUGUUCGUUGACCAAUGGGUACGCACUGGUGGCCACGCUAAGUUUCAAUUGACAUCCGUUUUCAAUCGGAAAAGAAACACAGUUGAACUGGAGAUCCGUCAAGACUGUGUCCACGACCGUGGCAUCAGGAAGUAUGUGGGACCGCUACUCGUUCAGUUACAAGAGUUAGAUGGCACAUUCAAACAUACAUUGCAGAUUGAGAACACGGUGGUCAAAGCGGACAUCACAUGCCAUAGCAAGAGCAGACGAAACAAGAAGAAAAAGAUUCCGUUGUGUACCGGAGAGGAGGUCGAUAUGGAUCUGUCGGCUAUGGACGAUUCUCCAGUCCUGUGGAUCCGUCUCGACCCCGAGAUGUCGCUCUUGCGUAGUACGGUGAUAUCCCAGCCGGACUACCAGUGGCAGUACCAAUUGCGUCACGAGCGUGACGUCACCGCACAAAGCGAAGCUAUAGACGCAUUGCACAACUAUCCAGAGUCCGCUACCAGAAAGGCUCUCACUGAUACCAUAGAGAAUGAGCAAACAUAUUACAAGAUACGGUGUAGGGCGGCACAUUGUUUGACUAAGGUGGCUAAUGCGUUGAUCAGCACAUGGGCGGGUCCUCCCGCCAUGCUUACAAUAUUCCGUAAGAUGUUUGGUUCAUUCGCGGCGCCUCAUAUUAUCAAACAGAACAACUUUGACAAUUUGCAACACUAUUUCCUACAGAAGACUAUUCCUGUUGCCAUGGCCGGUCUACGGAAUAUACACGGCAUAUGUCCACCGGAGGUUGUGAGAUUUUUACUUGAUCUGUUUAAAUAUAAUGACAAUUCUAAAAAUCACUUCUCCGAUAAUUAUUACAAGGCGGCGCUAGUGGACGCUCUGGCAGCAACUAUCACGCCAGUUAUAUCUGUGCUACAACCGGGCGCUCCAAUAACAGCUGAUUCUCUAUCAGCUGACACUCGCCUAGUAUUAGAGGAGAUUACACGAGUAUUGAACUUGGAGAAAGUACUACCGUGCUAUAAGAAUACGGUUAGUGUCAGCUGUUUGCGGGCGGUAAGACGUUUGCAACAAUGCGGACAUCUGCCCAGUAUACCGACUAUAUUCAGAGCUUAUGCACAGUAUGGACAAUAUAUCGAUGUCCGGCUGGCCGCAUUCGAGUGUUUGGUAGACUUUGUACGAGUGGAUGGUAAACCGGAGGACCUCUCGUAUUUAUUGACGGCAUUAGAAGGGGAUCCAGAUCCGGCCGUGCGGCACGGUUUAGCUCGAUUACUCAUAAGUAAUCCGCCUUUUGAGCGUGCCCAGAGACACCGGCUCGAUACUGAAGCCGUAGUACACAGAUUAUGGAACAAUGUAAAUAGUCAUUUAUCAAACGAUGCAAGACUACGUUGCGACCUUGUAGAUCUCUACUACACACUUUACGGACCAAAAAGGCCUAUAUGUGUACCAUUACCAGAGAUUCAGGCUAUGAUGAAACAGAUGCACCAUAAAGAGCGCGAGAGACUCGAACGGGAAAGGGAGAGGGAGAGGGAAAGAGAGCGGCAAAAGGAGUUAGAAGUAAAACCUGUUAUUAAGAAAGAGAUUGAAGACGUAAAAUAUGGUUCCGAAAUUGGACACCUUACGGAAUCAGGGUCCAUUGUGCCCCCAUUGUCGGAAUCUGAGCGUACCGGCCAUAUACUGCCAGUACCGAUCUCCAGCAUCAAAGAAGAAGACGUGAAAGUCGAUGUUACUACCGUUCAUGAUAUGCCCGGAGCUGUUUUUAGUGACGCUGCAAAGAGAGAGUUCACAUCAGAUAAUGCUGUAGCGUUACCCGGCAUCCCGGGAACUUCGGGACCAAUAGGUUUUGAACCUGGAAUGUUCCGACAUGACAUCACAGAUGAAAUGGGCGCACCAAAGGCAAAGAAAAAGAAGAAGGACAAGAAAAAGCAUAAACACAAACACAAGCAUAAGCACAGCAGCAAGGAUAAAUCGUCCAAAGACAAGGAGCACAAAGAUAGAUCUCUACCGCCCCGGCCGCCCUCUAGCACAGAUCACCUCAAGAUUAAAGAGGAAACUCGGGAAACGCUCAGUUCGUUUAGCUCAAGUCAAAGCCCAUCGGAAGAUGUCUCGUCGAUGCCAAGCAAUAUGAGUUUUUAAGACCAUAUCAUACUGAACUUGAUUAUAAUUAUAAAUAUAAAAAUAAAUACUUCCACAAAUCGAUGUAUUUAUC